AUGCUGCAAAGGAGUGAGGAGUUUGGGUUGGAAUGUCUGGACAAUUUCAGGUUUUACUGCUGGAAGCCUGAGAAACCAGCAAGGACGGGGGCCCAGCUGGAGGCGGGGAAGGCAAAGGAGGCUGGCGGCAAAGGGGUGCAGCCGCAUAUUGGGGGCGGUGUUCAAAGGACAGCUCCAGAGCACGGCAGCCGGCGGACCACGCGCUACGACAUCGACAUGACCAAGUGCAUCUACUGUGGCUUCUGCCAGGAGGCCUGUCCCGUGGACGCCAUCAUGGAGGGCCCCAACUUUGAGUUCUCCACGGAGACGCACGAGGAGUUGCUGUACAAGGAGAAGCUGCUCAACAACGGCGACAAGUGGGAGGCGGAGAUCGCAGCCAACAUCCAGGCCGACUUCCUGUACCGCUGAGGCCUUCCGUUCCCCUGCCCUCCCGCCCCCAAGA